AUGGAUGCUAUGAACCCAAACGGUAGCUCACAGGGGUUUGUGAACCUUUUGACAAGCCAACAGGAACAAACACUCUGUUUUUCGCAGAGUGUAGACCUUGGUUCAUCUCAAGUCCCAAUUUUUGCAACCCAACUCUUCUCUCACCCAAGUCAUGCAGCUGAUGAACGAAAAGAGAGGAGGAAGUGGUCACCUGUAGAAGAUGUUGUAUUGAUAAGUGCAUGGCUCAACACCUCCAAAGACCCAAUCAUCAGCAAUGAACAAAAAGCUGGGGCUUUUUGGAAAAGAAUAACAGAAAGUUUCAACAACUCUAAGAAGAUGGAGAAUGAACAAGAUAGAGAGGCUGGUCAGCUCAAACAUAGGUGGCAGCGUAUUAAUGACCACGUAUGUAAGUUUGUGGCUUGUUAUGAAACGGCUUUGAAGCAGCAAAGCAGUGGACAAAAUGAGAACGAUGUGAUGAAGGCAGCUCAUCACAUCUUCUACAAUGAUCACAUGUUCAAGUUCACCCUUGAAAAAUUGCCCUACCGCUUGGAAAGGGCAAUAUACACGUGGUUCUGGAAAACCGACAAUUGUCUUAGAGGCGGUAGCAUCACAAGAUCUUUGGAUAUGGCACGCAUUUUUUGGACCUCCAAGUACCCUAAACGAUAUUAA